AUGUCUACUCAACACACAGCACGGUCAAUCCUCGAAUCCUUCUACGCAGCAGAACGCAUCUACAUGUCUGCCCCACCCGAAGAACGAGACUUUGCAGGCAUGGCUGCCACACUAUCGCCAGACGUCCACCUCGAGCAAUCAUCCGGUCUUCCCUACGCGGGAACCUUCAAAGGACCCCAGGGUUUUCUGGACUGGGCCAAGAGCAUGGCCAACUACUUUGACGUCGUCGACGUGCAGAACCCCGAGAUCUUUGAGAGGGAGGGGUCAGAACGGAUUAUUUCGCUUGGAAACUUGCACUUGAGGGUCAGGAAGACGGGCGAAAAGUUGCAUUUUCCGUUGUGCCAGGUUAUCAAGGUUGAUCUGGAGGCUGGGGUCAUUACGUCCAUCCAACCAUUCUAUUGGGAUGUGUACGAGUUGAACCGGGCUAUUGGGCACAGGCAGUAG